AUGACGAAUUCGCACGAACCCGUCUUCAUCACGCCAAAUGGCACUCUCUACAUCGCCGGCGGCCACAGCGCCAACUGCACCAUCUCAGUGUGCCCGAUCGAGCUAAGCGUCUACGGAUACCGCCCGUCCCUUGGUGCAAGCGGCGUCUUCAUCGCCCUUUACGCUCUCUGCAUGGUCGCCCAGGCCAUCCUUGGGUGGCGGUACAAGACAUGGGGCUUCAUGAGCCUGAUGCUGCUGGGCUGCGUGGAUGAGAUUAUCGGGUACGUUGGGCGAAUCUUGUACUGGCAGAACCCGUGGGCGCAGUCUGGGUUCAUUAUCCAGAUUGUCCUGAUCACCAUCGGGCCCGUCUUCUUCUCCGCCGCCAUCUACGUGCUGCUCGCGCAGAUCGUGAGGUACAUCUCGAUACCCUCCUCGCGCUUCGCGCCCAAGUACUUCUACUGGAUCUUCAUCCCCUGCGACAUCGUGAGCUUGGUCCUCCAGGCCGCCGGCGGCGCCAUAUCGUCGACGUCCGACGGGGGUGACAAGGCCGGCGUCGACAUCGCUCUGGCCGGCCUAGCUUUCCAGGUUUUCACAUUGACGGCGUUUGUGGUCCUGGCCAUCGACUAUGCCUUCCGCAGCCGCGCCGUGUGGUUGACCACCCGUCCGCCCAUCCGCUUCGUCGUCUUCAGCGGCUUCCUCUUCGCCGCCACCAUCCUGAUUCUGAUCCGUUGCUGCUACCGCGUCUACGAGCUGAGCGGAGGGUACGAGCGCACCAGUCAAGCGCUGCGGGAUCAGACGCUGUUCAUUGUCUUUGAGUCGGUGAUGGUCAUCCUCGCCUCCAUCUGCCUGAUCCCCGCGCAUCCAGGCUUCGUCUUCAAGACCGGCCUUGAGCAGCUGGUCCCGGACGAGUCGAGUCCCGAAAAGGCCGUGUCCUCAAGUGUCAGAUCGGCUAGCCCUAGCUCUUCGGCCGAGUCGGCUGAGAGGCUGGGAGGAGCAUAA